GGGAACUUUAGCUGUUUUUAGCUUUUUUCAUAAAGAUUUGGGGCAUUUGGGGAGCCGUUCGGCUAUUUUUGUCCUUUGUGAUUUGGCAACAGUGGCACCCAUCCAUCCGCCAUUACCAAAGAAACGCAAUCAUGGCGAUGCAAAGGAAAACAAGCGUUCGGCUCCCGCCUGAAGUGAACAGAAUACUGUACGUCAGGAAUUUACCGUACAAGAUCUCUGGAGAAGAAAUGUACGACAUUUUCGGAAAAUAUGGUGCCAUCCGGCAAAUCAGAGUUGGUAACACCCCCGAAACGCGUGGGACAGCGUUUGUGGUGUAUGAGGACAUUUUCGAUGCCAAAAACGCCUGCGAUCACCUCUCCGGUUUCAACGUGUGCAACCGGUACCUUGUCGUGCUCUACUACCAGCCUACGAAGGCUUUCAAGCGCGUGGACCAAGACAAGAAAAAGGAAGAAAUCGACAGAGUCAAGAAAAAGUAUGGAAUGGACGACUGAAGCUUUUCAUUCGGACGAUGGGAAGAUGCUACUGCAUCUGGUCGACCAUGUAUAAUAGUUCCCCGGAAUCACUUGUAUCAUCUGUAAUCAUGGGAGUACACCAAGUAAACACCAUUGGAACAUGUGC